GUUCAAAGUGUCCGGUGGCAUCGUCCUGAACACCUUCGCGGACAAGGUGUUGAUGCCCAUCAUGGGUUGGGUCUGGAACUUCCACGGAUACGUGUUCAUCGACCACAAAGACGGCUGCCUCUUCGGGCCGAAAGGCUCCGACAUUACUUGCCACCUGGCAAGGUCGUACUACUACUAUAUGGACGAUAAGGAGUAUAAGCUGGGCGAUUUGCUAACGGAGAAGGGCGCCCGGCUGGGGUGGCUGUACGACUUGGGUGACGGCUGGCGCCACGAGGUGGAAGUCGAGGACAUCAGAAGCGUGUCUGAAUCGACCGGCACGUGCAAGCUGCUUGACGGGGCGGGCCGUUGUCCCCCGGAGAAUGGUCGGGGCAACUGGGAGUACCACGAAACCAUCAACGUCUUGAAGAACAAGCGGAGCCGACAAUGCGGGUCGGCGCUCGACGAGUGCAGGAACGCCCCAAACAUCAAGCCCAGACCGUUCACCUCUCGCUUGUCGAUACAUUUACUCCGCCUUCUCUACAGCUCCCUAAUCCGCUUCUUUUCGCCACAGAUCCUCAAGAACAAGCGGAGCCGGCGGUAUCAGUCGGCGCUCGAUGAGUGCAGCAACGCCCCAAACGUCAAGCCCAGACCGUUCACCUCUCUCUUGUCAAUACAUUAUUUUCCGCCUUCUCUACAACAUCCUAAUCCGCUUCUUUUCGCCCGCUUCUUUUCGCCCCAGAUCCUGAAGAACAAACAGAGUCGGCAGUACCAGUCGGCGCUCGAGGAGUGCAGCAACGCCCCAAACUGCAAGCCCAGAACGUUCGACUUUCGCGAGUUUGAUCUUGCGGAACGCCGGCGAGAGUUGAAACACGCGCUGGCGUCACCGGGGAGCACCCAGUCCGGGUCCAAGUUGUACACGCACACGAUGCAUCCGUUUGACUGGGAGGACGUCGGGCCGCCCCGACCGAGGGAGAAGAAAGGCGAGAAGCGCGUGGAAAGAGAGGGAGCAGACAUCUUUUCUCCCACGCUCACCGAAACCAUCUCCACCAAGGCAGACAAAGUUGCGUUGUCGCUCUGCGCCGACUGCGGCCGGCCGGAGGCCCUGUAUCGAUGCGGCCGGUGCAGAGUCGUGCGCUAUUGCAGCAGGGAGUGCCAAAGUCGGCACUGGAAAGAGUCGCACAAGCAAGCGUGCAAAACUAAGAAGUAG